AUGGACCCUUGUGUUGCAAAUCAAUACACUUCUGCUAUCGGCUGGUCCCGUGCAAAGGUCCAGGCCAAGAUCGACUCCAUCAAGCAGUACGUGCAGUUCCGAAAGGUCACCAAAGAUCUGGAGGCCCGAGUCGUGAAGUGGUGUGACUACCUUUGGAUUGAACAGAAGCCCUGCAAUGAAAAGGAAGUGCUCAAGAACCUCCCAGAUAAGCUCAAGGUGGAGAUUGCCAUCAACGUGCAUCUGGAAACCCUUCGGAAGGUACGUAUCUUCCAGGACUGUGAAGCGGGUCUUCUUGUUGAGCUCGUCCUUAAACUCCAACCACAGGUUUUCAGUCCAGUUGACUACAUUUGCAAGAAGCGUGACAUCGGGCAGGAGAUGUACAUUAUCAAAGACUGCAAACUAGCUGUGGUGGCAGAUGAUGGCGUCACGCAGUUUGUGGUGCUCAGCUAUGGCGCUUACUUCAGAGAGAUCAGCAUUCUCGGCAUCAAAAGAAGUAAAGCCGGUAACUGCAGGACUGCUAACAUACGCAGUGUGGGAUACUCCAAUCUGUUUGCGCUCUCAAAAGGUGACCUAAUGGAGGCGUUAACUGAGUACCCAGAAGGAGGAUCUGGACGAGGUUGUGGAAGAUAA